UAAGUUACUUAGUCUCUCAGUCUCUGGGGCCUGAAUCACCAAGUGGCAAGAACAACAAAUCCCUACCUCCCUGGGGCACUGUGAGGAUAAAUACACUAAAUGUUGUCAGAUUAAACAGAGAUGGCAUUUGUGAAGAGUGGAUGGCUCCUGCGACAGAGUACUAUUUUACGGCGUUGGAAGAAGAACUGGUUUGACCUGUGGUCAGAUGGUCAUUUAAUAUUCUAUGAUGAUCACAAUCGGCAUGACAUAGAGGAUAAAAUCCACAUGCGAGUUCACUGCAUCAACAUCAGAGUGGGAAAUGAAUGUGGAUCAGAUUUCCAGCCUCCAGAGGGGAAGCCUAGAGACUGCUUACUGCAGAUUGUUUGCCGUGAUGGGAAAACAGUUAACCUCUGUGCAGAAAGUGGAGAUGACUGCUUGGCAUGGAAAAUUGCUCUCCAGGAUGCCAGAACAAACACAGGCUACGUUGGUUCUGAAGUGAUGUAUGAUGAGACUGCCAUUUCCUCAGCUCCUCCUCCUCCAUACACAGCAUAUGCUACACCAUCACCUGAGGUUUAUGGUUAUGAGCAGUACAAUGGCACAUAUCCUCCUCCUGGUCCUCAAGUCUACUAUGCCUCUAAUGGACAAGCGUAUGCUGUUCCUUAUCAGUAUCCAUACCCAGGACCUUAUGGCCAGCCCCCUGCAAACCAUGUCAUCAUUAGAGAACGCUACCGUGACAAUGAUGGAGACCUCGCUCUGGGCAUGCUUGCUGGAGCAGCAACUGGAAUGGCCCUGGGGUCAUUGUUCUGGGUCUUCUAGAUUUCUUGGGAUCCUCCUCUUUGUAGCUCCAAAAACCUGUAUUUAUUCUUUGUGUGCAAUAAUAUAUUUUGCAAAGUACUCUUGUUUACUGUAAAGGUUUUUAAUGAGAAAUGCAAUAGUUCUGUCUUUAGUAGUAACAUCUUAAUUGUACUUAAUUGACUCUUAAACUGUCCUGAGGCAAGAGUUAAAAGGCAUAAUUUAGUUGACAUAUGGCUAAAGAUGGCACUUGCUGAUUUUAAGAGAACCUGUCUCUGAGGCUUUGUAUGUUCUGUACGCUGAGAAGUGAUCGGCACUACUAUCAGUCCAAUGUGAUAAGUGCUGCCAUUUGUCACCACUCAUAGAACAGACUGUUAAUGUAAAGACUCCAGAAGAAGCAGUUAUUUUUAAGCUGUGAACAAUUCAGUCAGUCCAGCUGCUAAUGCCAACUCCACAGUGCACUAGCAGCAAACUCUACUGAAAUAGAGUAAGUGAGGAGUGUUCACCACUGGCUUCAUUAAACAUUUCUAAGAUAGAUAUGCAGUUCAAUAAAAUCCUCUUGGGAUUAGAUUGAUUUUUCUACUUGUUGGGUAUUUUCCUUUCCAGGAAUGUUACUGUAUUCUCAAAUAGUGAGGACUAUUGCAGUGUAUGCUCAAGGUCUAAACCUACUUUACAGUCCACCCUUUAGCUUCUUCCCCAGGCACCUGGGACUGGGACAUUAGAACUAAGAGAAUUGUAUGAAGGUGAGAUAGGCAGGGGUUGAAAUCAGCCUGCGCUAUUGUAAUGAGAUUCUGGCGUCACGAGUUCUGGGACUAGGAUAAGCAGAAGAUAUUAAUUCCCCAUACUCAGUCCCAAACAUUGAUGGGGAAAGAGCUGUUGUAUGGGAGGUCCCAUAUCUGUGUUCAGUGCUUCUGUCACUAUUCUGUUAGCUGGAAGAAAUGUCAAACCUGCAUGUGUGUAACAGGGUUAGGAGGAGUUUGCUUGGGAGGAGGCAGGAAAAGGAAUAGAAGAAGGAAGAGCAGGCAGAAAGACUGAGACGGAAACAAGAAAGGCAGCCUUGCCUGCAGGCUGCAACAUGACUCUUUUGAUGGUAUAGGCUAGCAUGCUGUAGCUGAGAUGCAGGCCUACUUUGCCUCAUCCAUUUCCGCACUGACCUCUGAGGGUUCCUGCCUGUGUGCGUGAGCAGUCCUGGUGUGUCUGAGUUUUUUUUGUACAUGUACACCUUUCCCUUACCUCCCACAGUGAGUGUUAUGUCACCUUUACCACAGUUCCCUGUCUCUUUCACACCUCCCAUUACAGAAACACUUGGAUGUGCUCUUCCGUCCCUUGACUAGUUAGUCAUGCACAGAUUCUUACUGACUGUGUUGCAAUGGUCUAAGUGCAAACACUGAAAGAGGACAUAAACUCACACCUGACCAGAGUCCUGCUUUAUAAUAUAAACUGAGCUUGACGGGACUGGGUGGAGAAAGGCCAAGGAAGAAAAUGUACGUGCUCUCUUACUGGAUGGAACAUGAGGGUGCCUAAGCUUUGUUCUUUAUAGAAAGAUGAGUUAUUUUUAUACUUCCACUUCGAGCUUCCUGUAAUGAUUCUAUCUGAAUAUUUCAAGGAUUUUCCUCUUUAAGCUUUCAAAUGGAAGUAGAUUAAAAUCUUCAAGGUUGGAAGUCAGAGUAUGUCAGAAAAAAUGAAAAUAGAUAGACUCUGGCAGUCAUAUAUGUGGAUAUGUGAUUUUUUUUUUUUCAGUUAACUUCAGUGGGCCUUAAAUCAGAGCUGGUUUUUGAUCCCCCCCACCCCUGGAUGAAUACAGUGGUUUCUAGUUAAAUCAGUGGGAGUUGCAUGCAUUCAUCCUAGACUGUGUGUUACAAGAUAUCACACAGUACACAAAAACAGUACACAUUUGCUGGCCUUUCCAGAUUGGAAUAAUUCUGUUUGAACGAAUGUAUUUCCCAAAAGGCAAAAUGGCCCAUGCACCAAUCCAAUUUACUGAAGUGCACUUGAAAGAGCCCAAUCCUUGAUGUUUGUGGAGGAUGAGGAUAAACAGCAGUUCCCAAGAUCAGGACCCUUAAUUAACACUUGUUGAUCUUUUCAACCUUAAGGUUUCUAUAAAAGUGAUUGUAUUAUGAAUAGCAAUAACAAACUGUAUUCUGAGUCACACAAUCUGAUUAGCUGUGUGGAAUCCCCGUGUGUAACCUCCUAUGCUGUUCUAUGUAAUUUACAUAAAACAACAACUAAACAUAAGUCCAAUGUUUCGUGUAUCUUGUUAAAUUCCAUGGGUAGUGGAAAUAAAGCACAAAAUAGAUCAAGCUGGUAAUUUAGCAGAAGGUCUACAUUUUUACAAGCACUAUUGACUGCAGCAGGGGAGCUUGUACUGUGUGGAAAGCGCAUAAUUAUAUCUAGAUCCCCAGUUGUGAUAGCAUAAGGAAAAGGAACUUCAUUUUUGCUAAGACUUUUAUACAUAUAUUUAAUUACAUUUUAAAAGUGAUCAGUUUGAUUUCUGAUUUGGAAGAGGACUUUGCAGGAUAAUAUAUCUUAAAGGGGGAGGAGGAAGAUCUUUAAAGAGGAAAGUUUCCACUGGUUCUUUAUACAAUAAACUGCUUUUAACAAGAUCCUGUCAGCUGAUUAUAGUUAAACAUGCAAGGUAAACUAUAUUGGAACAUAUGAUGAAGAGUUUAGUUCUUUGCUGGGAGCCAGGAUAGCACAACCUUCCUGUUCAUGAUAGAAAGCCCAGACAAUAUAGUGGAGAUGUUCUGCUUUAGAUACAGAAGGCUUUGGUGGACAACCACCUGAACUUGAUCACAGGCAAUAUAUAGAAGCCCAGGCAGUAUGUCUCCAUAGUAUUGUCUUGCAUCUAUUUCCUCAUGAUUAAAGCAAUGGCUUAAUUGAGCUACUGUGCAGUGUCUGGGUUAGUAGAAUCGGUUUUCUCUCCAGCCACCCUGAGCAUCUUCGGUGUACUGCUCAGGCCAUAUAAAGUCAUGUCACUCAUGGGCAAACUUGCUUUUUCCCCUUGCAGUUCUCAAAAGGGAAGCAAAAAUUAUGACAUCAGGAAGAGGCAAAAUUCAUGAUGCUGCCUAAGGGUGGCUGGGGGUGGGUUACGUGAGUAUACUUUCACAAACCAGCUUAAAAUUUGGUUCUAAAAAUACACUUUCUUCUGAAUGGUAACAUCCACUGAGACCCUGAUUCCUAUUCUAUUCACCAAAGCAGUCAAGCCCAUGUGUUUCUGACCUGCAGCCUGAUACCUUUUCAAUAUCAAACUGAGAGCCACACGGAUUCUACAAUGACAAUGAUUUUGCAGAGUAAGAUAAUUAUUAAUGUAAGGAAGGGAGAAUUGGUUCUAUAGUGGCUAUUGUAGGUUCAGCUUAAGCUAAAGUAUCUGCGAGGGUCAUGUGCCCACAUUUUUAAGUGUGACUUCUAGGAUGCUUAGUUUGAGGCAUCAGAAAAAGGCCCGAGUUUUAGAGAAAGUGGGCAUUCAGGCCACAUAUACACUGCAGCGAAGAGUUCAGUCAUGCUGCCAGGGAAACACUUUGCUCACCCACUACUGCUGUAUGUUUGUCAGCUGUGGAUGAUGACACCCUAAUGGCAGCCCAGCACUGGAUUUCCAGCAUCCUCAAGGCCAGCAGUUGGCAAUGUCCCAAAGGUGUCCUCAUCACCUCAUUUCUGAGGCUGACGCAUGUAGAGUGGAAACAGGUGGGUCAUAGCUUAUUUCCUCAGUAACAUACUGGAGUAAACAUACUUUAUAAGGUGGCAAACCACCCCCCUCCCCACUUCUAUUUAUUCUCCAAAUUUUAGACCAAAGGCUUUAAUUUAAAUAGAACACUCUGAAAGUCAGGGUGAUGACUUGAUUGUAGAGGCAUAUGUGUCAGUGGGCUGGGGGUUGGCAUACUUAUGGGAAGAGAAAGAGUGAGGUUGUUAAGAUGAUGUUUCCUUUGGUAGUUUUGGAGCAUACUCUAUCUAACCAGUGCUGAGCUGGGUAGCAAAACUAUUUUGAUUUUCCUUUGCAUCUUGGGCCUUUGCUUAUACAGCUGGCUAAAAAAGUUGAACAAGGAAGCAAGACAGAAAAUUCCCCAAUAGAAUUUCUUAAGCCAAGUGUCCUCUUCCCCCUCCUCACUUUGAAUAUAUAGCAUGAUAUGAAUAAUACUGAGGUAGACACAUUGUAUAGAUCAAGGUAGCAUACAUCAUAAAUGUCUUACAUUUCUAGGCAGACAAGGUUCUGUGGGUGAAUCUGAUAUCUUUUAUUAGACCAACCCAAAUAGUUGGAGAAUAGUUAUUAAGCAAGCUUUCGGGUUCAAAAACCCUUCGUCAGGCUAAGGAAGUUUCAGCAGUUGGUGUGUGCCCUUCCUGGAUGGAUACUUUGUGUUCUAUGUUCUAUUCUUAUGCUCUGUAUCCUAACUGCUGCUGUUUCCAUUUGUCCCCAGUCACCCUUCUGCAGUUCUAAAUUUAUAGUGAAAAUAUUCUUAUCAAUAAAAUGCUUAUUAAACUGCAA